UAGCUCCGCAAUUUGUCUCACUUGAACGUUAAGUACACUUGCCGAGUAUAUUUAUUUUGAAAUGUUUUUCCAGUUGGAAACUUUAACGUCCACUAGCAUGAAGAGACAAGUUCCACGAUUCCGUUUUUCUGUUGAGACUCCUGUUGCAAAUCUUUUUGUUUUUCUGACUUUCGUAAUACAGAUCAUUAUAGGUUCGAGCUCCCAGAGGGAAGAGCAUCUCCCCGUAUAUUUUCAGUUUAAUCACUACUUUGAAAAUCGCGGAAUAGUUUCGUCUAUUUGUAUCGGCCCGUUCAGAAGUGAUGUGAGUGGGAAUUGCAAUUUCGAUCAUCAAUUACAUGUUAACGAAAUGGACUGCUUUAAUUGCUAUCUUCGCGAUUGCCUAAACAAAAGGAAUUUUAUGGAUAUUACAGCAUACCUGAUGGCUGGAAAAAACGGUUCCACGCAAAAUAACAAAAAUUUGAAAAGAUUUUUGAAUACAAAUCUCACCUUAUUUGUUAAUCUAGAAAAUCAAUGUACAUGGCUUAAAACGAAGGAAUAUUGGUCAUUUCUAGAAUGGUAUAUGAAUUGGUGCAAAAGAUACACAUGGCCAAACAAUAGUCCAAAAUGUCUCAAGACGGCGGCUACUAAAUCGACCACCAAUGCUUGGACGAUGACAUCUUCAACAUUAUUACCAAUCACUUCUUUUCCGAAUUUUUCUCGUUCGACGUUUCUUCCAAUCACACAUUGGACUGAGACACCACUCGAACAUCGGCAAAAGAGCAACUCAACUACUACUGAUUUCAGCGAACAAAGCCCAAAUGAAAGCAGCUUUGACUACAAGAUCCUGUGGGUUUCCUUGGGUGCGACUGCAGUUGUUUGUACACUCGCAGUUUUCGUCAUACUAUUCUGUCAAAGGGCCAAAAUCGCGAAAUUUUUAAGAAAAAGUGAAAAUCCCGACGUAGUAGACGAUGCAUUCUAUUACACAGAUGUGUCGAUGAGAAGACUCGAAAAUCAAUCUGCAAUUGAUAGUGUGACGUACGAAAAUGUGACUCCAAAUGUGUUACUAAACUACACCGAAUUGGAUUUCAACGUCCAGAAAAAUUUAAACCCAGAAAAUGCAGCUUCUGAAAUUAAUUCUACGAAUCAAUCUGAGAGCGUGACGUACGAAAAUGUGAUUCCAAAUUUGUUACAUAACGAACCCAUCACUUACGUCGAAUUGGAUUUCAACGUCCAUAAAAAUUCAAACCCAGAAAAUGUAGCUGCUGAAAUUAAUUCCACGACCGGUCUUAACCAAAAGCGCGAUAUAAAAGGCUACGUCGAUUCAGUCAUAUACGCCGAGCUACGAAAGUGAUAAAAUGCUGCUCGAUUAUAUUUAUUCUCCCCAAUCCUAUCACAGUUCCGGACUCUUUUUUUCUUGGUGGUUAACUUGAACAAAAAAGUCCGGAAAAGACAAUGGAAACCCGAAAAUAAAAAAAAGAUUCUGAAAAUCUGGAAAAUUUGCAAAAGGAAAUUUAGGAAAACCCGGAAAAAACCCACCGGAAAUCUCGAAGACUUUGAAAAAGAGUCGGAAAACCCUUGCCUAUCACGCCAUUAUGUUUACUCUUUUUAUUACGAUGCUAAUUGUCUGUUCAUUUAAUUCCUUGAAACAGAGAACAUUAAAGAAUAUACGAUUAAAUUUGAA